UCCUCCUCUCCUCAUCCAUCACCACCCCAUCGUUGUCAUCUUCAGCCUUCUUCUCCCGCGUUCUUAAAAUGCCUCACCUACUCUUCUCCGGACAAACUUGCGCAUCCGCGUGUUUGUUUCUUUAAAUUGAUCAUCCCACUAUACAAGCCCGCGUGACACCCUGGCCUAGACUCGCCCAAUAGUUCCCUUCUGCCGUGCGAAUUCGCCAGCUUUUCCGGGUCCGCACAACCGAGGGAGCUCAGUACCAAGCUCCAGCCCCAGACUCGAAUCAUCCCAAAACAGCCACUACUCGCAUGAUUGUCGUGGUUCGGUGACGUCUAUGUCUUCUUGUUCUCCUUCACGUAUGUUCUUCGGCACUCUUCCAUGAAGAGAGGUCUCUUUGAUCAUGUCGAGUUUCGGCCGCCGUGAGCUUGCCGCUCAUUUGAAGAGCGCGAGCUUGCUGCGCCGUCAUUCUUCCCUCCCUACCGUACGACGAUGGGCGAGCACCGCCUCCGCUAACAGGCCGCGGACGGCUAUCUUCUUUCCUGGACAAGGUGUGCAAAGAGUAGGAAUGACAACGCGCUGGGUCGAAGCCUUCCCACAGACAGCCAAGCCUAUCCUGGAGGAAAUUGACGAUACUCUUGGGUUUGGGUUGACGAAGAUCAUUGAAUGCGGUACAAACGCCGAGCUCAAUGCCACUCAGAACUCCCAACCCGCCAUCAUGGCCACCUCGGUUCUGCUACUGCGAAUACUGGAACGAGAGUUUGGCUUCGAUCUUCCAAAACGUGUGGACUUCACUCUAGGCCAUUCUCUCGGUGAGUUCGCAGCUCUGGUUGCCGGCGGAUAUCUGGAGUUCAAGGACGCCUUGCUCAUGGUUCGUCGACGCGGCGAAGUCAUGGCCAAGAUCUCGAGAGAGACUUGUGAUGAACAUGGCGAGGUUGGCAUGGUCGCCUUAGUCUGCGAGCAUGAGGACCACCUUCAACCUCUUAUUGACGCCAUACAUGAAUUCACCGCCUUAUCCACCUCCGGCUCAAAGUACGACUCAGUUGAGGAUGUCCCACCGGUUCAGCAGGUCGUGAUUGCGAAUGUGAAUUCCAAGAAUCAGAUUGUCUUGAGUGGAUCCAUCGAGAGGAUUCACACUCUGUUAACACAUCUGAGACAAUUUGGUGGCCAUGAUCCUCGUCAUGUGCGACUGCAUUCCGACAGCCCUUUCCACAGCCCACUUAUGAAGCCCGCGAAGGAGUUUAUGCGCCGCUAUCUUGAAAAGCCCUCCGUUGUGACCGGCGGAGACAUCAUCAAAUGGCCUGGACUUGUUCCUUGUGUAUCCAAUGUAUCGGCACGACCAUUCAAAUCGCGCGAAGAGCUCAAGGAUCAACUGGCGCGCCAGGCCUCGGAGACCGUACGCUGGUGGGACUCCGUCAAGUACCUAGACAAAGAAGAGAAAGUCCGGAGAUGGAUAGGCAUCGGCCCGGGCAAAGUCGGACGCAACCUUGUCGGGAAAGAGGUAGGCAUGAAAGGCCAAGUCAAGGGCGGGGGUGUCUGGGGCAUUACCUCACCGCUUGAGGCAGAAGAGUGCAUGAAAGCGCUCGACGAUACAGAGUACGCUGCGGAUGAAGACUAAAUCUAAGCACGUCCGAUCCACUAAACAUUUCUUCUAUCAGGAACUACAGUGAUUCUGAAGGUAGCCCUUCGACUGCUGCUGAUGCAGAUGUAGCCCCAAAACGAAACGUGGAACGUGGCAGGCAUACUGCUGCUUAUGUCUUUAACCCGGCGAUCGUCCAGCAAAUAUGGCCCCCUCCACCAUGUGCAAAUUUCGAUCUCUCCGGAAGUGCAAGUCAGAUAUCAUCUCACCCAGAUCGCGACUUUUCUCACAACGACGCAAUAUUCAGACCCGCAUCUGGGCAUGUCAGCAACACUGUUCCUGUGAAUUGAGCAUUCUCUAUAUCAACAUACCGACGGCAAUUCGUUGCCCAGUCAUGGACGUGUUUUCGGCAAUUGAAACAUACAUGUUUGCACAGUCAUCUAGAUACGUCUCGUGCUUCAGAGCGGCCUUGUCUUUGACGAAUUCGAUCAUGCUCGGGGGGUAUUUGAGUCCCCAUUCCGUCAAAAGAAGACCGGGGAGAAUUGCAUUAAUUCUAACUUUCGAGCCCUGCGUAUUUGCGAGACAACGCAUGAGAUGCAGUUGCGCUGAUUUCGUCACCGAGUACGCCAUUGACGAUCCAGACAGAGAUGUACCAGCCACGGAGGAUGUUAUCAGGAAGACUCCGCCUUCAGGAUUUUCAUUAAAUGUGGGAAGAGCUUCGCGGAGAAGCCACAUCUGUCCAGUCACAUUUGUGUGCCAUGCCUGCUAUUUCGUCAGUAUUGACUUGUUCAUUGAUAUCUGGGCGUUCCCUUUUUAUUUGUCACAUGAAAUAUUUCUUCUCGAUCUUCUCGAAGAAGCAUUACGUACUCUGUCCCAGUCAUCUUCACCCAAAGCAUCCAGAUCACCAAAGUUGGAAAAUUUGGUGUAGCCCUGGAGUUCCAAAGUUAGCGUUGGGAAGACGAACGACAUCCAUGGAAAAGGAUCAAAAAGCUUUGCCAUGAAUUGUAUAAUAUAUAUCCAAUCAGGACGGCAGGAAGGGGUGAAAAUAAAAGCAAACAUAAAUGUCAAUGAGCCAUGAACUUACCGCGUUUCCAACAAUAAUGUCGAGUCC